CCGAGGUUGCUGCAAGAGAGGGCCACCCCCUGUGCCUCCUUCCGCAGCUCAGUCAGGUUGGCUGGAAGAGGCGCCCCUGCCCCCCUUCCUUGGGGAGGGGUGGGGGGACCCUUCACCUCCUUGCCUGGCGCAGGUGACAAGAGUGGGCAGGUGAUCGAUUUCCUAUAUCCCAUGAAAGAUCUUGAGGCCAAUAUAUGCAAAAGAUAUCUAAAAAUGAUGACUAAUAUAAUUAUCCUGAGCCUGAUUCUUUUCAUUUCUUUAUCUUUCUGGAUUAUGUCCAUGACUGCAAGCACCUAUUAUGGUUCCUUGCACCCUAUUUCUCCGUGGCGAUGGCUGUUUUCUGUGAUAGUUCCCGUUUUGAUUGCAUUUAAUGGCUUAAAAAAGAAGAGUCUGGACCACAGUGGUGCCUUGGGAGGAGUAGUAGUUGGAUUUAUCUUGACCAUUGCAAAUUUGAGCUUUUUUACAUCUUUGAUGACAUUUUUCAUUUCUUCCUCAAAACUCACCAAGUGGAAAGAAGAAGAAAAGAAGCGUUUAGAUCCUGAAUAUAAAGAAGGAGGGCAGAGAAAUUGGAUUCAGGUGUUCUGCAAUGGAGCUGUACCCACAGAGCUGGCAUUGCUCUACAUGAUAGAAAAUGGGCCGGGUGAAAUCUGCAUUGAUUUCUCCAGACAGUACACUGCUUCCUGGAUGUGUUUGUCCCUCCUGGCUUCCUUGGCCUCCUCGGCAGGAGAUACGUGGGCUUCAGAAAUUGGCUCUAUCGCAAGUACUACCCAACCAAGGCUGAUAACAACCUGGCAAAGAGUUCCAAUUGGCACCAACGGAGGGGUAACUGCAGUCGGCUUUCUCUCCAGUUUUCUUGGCGGGUCUCUGGUGGGCAUGGCCUACUUCUUCUCACAGCUGAUUUUUGUGAACGAUUUGGAAUCUUCUGCUCCCCAAUGGCCCGUCGUUGCAUUUGCAGGAAUGGCUGGUUUAUUGGGAUCCGUUAUUGACUCAUAUUUAGGAGCAACAAUGCAAUACUCUGGUUGGGAUGAAAGCACCCGCUCAGUUGUCAGCCAGCCAAGUGGUGAGACAAAAUACAUAUCGGGGAAGCCUAUUCUUGAUAACAAUGCUGUGAACCUGUUUUCUUCCAUCCUUAUCGCUCUCUUGCUUCCUAGUGCAGCAUGGGCUCUGUGGCCCAUAGAAUGAACAAUUAUCGAUUUAUAUCAUUGGGAGACCAAGACUGAGUCUAGUUGAACCUUGGGAUUCCAAUAUUUAACCUCAAAACAAUCAUUUGGUCCACUCCGAUUGUAGGGAUUUAAUUACUUUUGCAUUUUAUCUUCCCAUAAUCAUAAGUGUCAAGCUGGAAACAUUGCAGGAAAGAAAAUUCAACAGGCAAAAACAAACAACAAAUGUAUCUCCCAGGACCCCAGCAUACAGCUCUCCAAUUAGAAUAGAGCGGUUGGAGCAGAGAGCGAAGUCUUUUCUAUUGACUUCUGCAACUGCAAACAUACUCUUUUUGUGGCAUCCUUGAAUUUUGCCAGCAUAGGGUGGGAAACCAAAAAUUGCUUGAAGAAAGCUAGCCUGACUCUCAUAUCAAAACACUGCUGUGCCUGCUACUGGCUUAUUGUAUCCAUAUGCAGUGAUCUAAACCAGUAUGUGUGUGGAAACAUAAACUAUUUUGGGAACUCGACUUUUACAUGGUUUCUCAUCCAUCCACCAUAAACAGUUGUCCUAAUUUUAGACAUUGUUUUUAGGUCAUAGUAAGCUAUAUCCAUGUAAGAGCAUUCUUAUUCCUACCUGUUUAAUUAGUGGGGAAGGUUUAAUAUAAUAGGUAAUUUUACUUGUUCUUAUGUCUAUCAGAAUGUGAGGGAAAAAAAAAAACUUGACUCAUAAGAAAAAAAACACAGAUGUCUUGCAUGUGUUUUAAUGUAAAUCACAUGUACCUUACUGGCUUUUUUAAAAAGUUGCUAUAUAGAAAUUAAUUUAUUGAUGUCAGUAGAUUGUUUCUGAAAAAGUCUUUCGUAAUAGGCCUUUUUUUAAGUAUCUGUAAGGCGGGGGGGGGGGCAGUUAGAUGGCACAGUGGAUAAAGCUCCAUCCCUGGAUUCAGGAGGACCUGAGUUCAAAUUUGGCCUCGGACACUUGACACUUAUUA